AUGGCGAUGGUGCAGGUGGAGUUUCUGGCGCAGCGCCUCAUGUUGACGCUGGCGGAGGAGAACAAAACAUCGGAGCGGACCUUCUCCAGGGGCGUUGACAUGAGGUGGGUGCACCACAAGGCGCUAAUAUACGCCGCCGUCGUCUUUUCCGUCAUCUGCUGCGUCGUUUCGUUCAGCGACCUGCGCGAGCACCUUUCGCGGUUUGACUACCCAAAGUUGCAGGUCUUAGAGAUGCGUAUCAUCAUGAUGAUCCCGAUCUACGCCUUCUUCUCCGCCCUGUCGCUGCUCUUCCAUAAGUGGCGCUUCUUCUUCGAGACGGUGCGCGACACGUACGAGAGCUUCGUCCUUUACAUCUUCUUCAUGCUCAUGGUGUCGUACUGCGGCGGCGAGGGACAGCUGCUGCGGUCUCUCAAGACGAAGCGUUACAAGGGCAUGCACCCGUUCCCGAUGUGCUACCUGCCAUCCUUCCCGCUCGACACAGACUUUUACUUGCGCUGCAAGCGCUGGGUGCUGCAGUGUGCGCUGAUGAAGCCUCUCGUCUCCUUCAUUGCCAUGAUCUGCCACCCCCUCGGCAUCUACAAAGAGGGCAGCUUUAGGCUCAACAAUGUGUACACGUACACCUCCAUCGUCAUGAACAUCAGCCUCACGAUGGCGCUAUACUACCUCGUGCUGUUCGAGAUCGAGUGCAAGAAGGAGAUGUACUACGCCAAGACGUUCUUGAAGUUCCUCUGCAUCAAGUCCAUCAUUUUCUUCAGCUACUGGCAGACCGUCUUUGUGAAUCUCGCCUCAUUAGCCGGCGUCAUCUACCUUGGAGCGCAUGAGGAGGAGAUCGAGGCCACGAGCGCCGUUAUUCAGGAUCUACUCAUGUGCUUUGAGCUGCUGCCGGUAGCCUUCUUGCACCGUGCUGCCUUUGGCCGCAGAAAGCUGGACGAUGAGAUGGCCUGUGUCCCUGUGUACAUGAAGGACAACAACACCGGCGACCUACGCUCCAACGUGGACACGGCGCUCAACGUGAACGACAUCAUCGACGACACUUUUGGAACUAUCUUCUUCCGCAAAGGCAAGCUGAUUGACCAGGAGAAUGUCGGCGAGAGCGACGAGGACGGGAUAACCUACGGUGAAGGAGCUGGCAAAAAGGACGGCAGCGGUGAGGGCGCCUCGCGGGGUCCGAGUGCCGGUGCGGGAUUCAAGGGUGCCGACGAUAGAAUGGCCUUCAUGGGCAACGCGGACGCCCUCGCGCGCGACCCUACACUGGAGGAGCUCGUUCGCCACGCCAUCGUGACCGACUACGGCAUCCGCGUGGACGGCGUGCUCCACUACGACGUGGACAGCGAUCGCGAGGAGCGAAAUCAAGACAUGAACUUCGCUGACACGGACGUCAUCCUCCGCCGGUCCAAGCACGAGGUGGCGACGCAGGACGUGCGGGUCGACACAGACCUUCUCCGCUCGCACCAGGUGCCCCCGGGCGGGGCAACUCCGCAGAUUUACUGCGUCGUGUGCGGCCGUUUCGAUCGCGAUAUGGUGCGCCGGCGCAACGGGUACAAGUGCAAGGAGUGCGUCGGCUCAAAGAGUCAGUCCCUGCUGCGCCGCCGCCAGCAGGAGGUGAUGGCGGACGACGAGGCUGGGCCGGGAUACACAGAUGUUGUGGCGACGGCGAUGGAUGCAACAGCAGACUUUUCCAGUGAUGUCGUCGACAACCAGCGGCAGCUCUCGCCCGCUGUUGCGUCAUCCAUGUCGCGCCAUGGCGCGACGGUCGUAAGCGAUGAUGACGAGGGUGCAUCCUACGUGCAGCCAAUGCCUACAGAGGCGAAUGCGGACCUCGUCAGUGUGGCGCGUCUGCCUCAGGACACCACCGUGUCGGCACUCCCCGGCGCUGCCGCUCUGGUGGAGGGCUUUGCCAGCCUUCAGCAGGUUCUGCGUCUCACCUUCCAAGGCGAUGAUACGAAGUCCACCGCGUUUCGGACCUCGGCCGCGCCUCCGUCGCAGGCGGGAGUUCCACCGGCCGCCGCGUCGAGGGGACCGCCUGCCGCAAUGAUGGCAUCGUCCCCAGCCGGACCGGGCAACUUCAAUGUGGAUUAG